GCUCCUGAUUCGUGUUGUCUGAUAUCACGUCGCUUCUUUAGACAGCUGUAGGCCACCGUUUGGAGUCAAAGAAAUGGUCCGAUUCUUUGGUCCUCUCUCUCCCUCUCGGGUCGAAUCGAUGACGCGACUACCACUGCUGCCACCGCCUACUACUACUGCUGCUGCGAGGAGCCGCGCUCGAGCUCACUCACGGCGACACGCCUCUUUUUGAGUUGGACUGCACUCUCCCUCUCUAAAAGCCUUUGGGCAAACAAGCCAAAAAGAAGCCACAGGCCUGCAAGCCAGCGACAUGGAGUUCCUCAGACUGCUCGCGCAUGGUAAACGCGGUGGCGGCGCCAAGCGCUCCUUCAUUAACACCGCCGCCGCCGCCGCUACCAUUGCCACCACUGUCCUCCGCCCAAACUCCGACGACGGGGGCGGCGACAGUGAGGACGAGGGCCCCUUCUUCGACCUCGAGUUCGCCUUGCCACUGCGGGAAGAAGAUCAUCUCUACCGCCAGAAGCAGCAGCAGUUCUCCUCCGAUACAGAGUCGUAUGACGAGGAGGAGGAGGAGGAGGAGGAGGACGAGGAGUUCGACCUUACGGUGUCCCCGGACAGAUGUAGGUACGGCCGCGGCUUCUCGUCCCGCUCCGAAGACCUCUUCUUUAAGGGUCGCCUCGUCCCGCUCGAGCCGUCUUCGUUAAGAGACUUGGCUGCAUCCGAGCCCAAGGCGUCGAAGCCUCAAGUUACCGCCUUUCUUCUCAAAUCCGCCGCCAAGUUCCGCGUCUUUAGGCUGGGAUUUCACAGGAAGUCGAAUUCGGCAUCGACGCAGACCAACCCCGUCGCCUCCCCUGCUACGACGUCGCCAUCGCCGAAGCAACAGCAUCAAAACAAGUUUUCCGUCAAAUUCAAGGUGGAGGAGACGCCGCUGGCGUCGCUCUUCGCCAGGGACAGCAGCUCGAGGAGCUCCAGCAGCAGCAGAUCCGUCCGGUUUUUUGCCGAUGACGGGUUACCGACCUCGGAAGCAAGGAAACUCCCAAAGGACGUACUUCAACGGUAUAUCAGCAAGAUCAAGCCGCUUUACAUCAACAUUUCGAAGCGGUACGGCGGGAAGCUCCGCUUCUCCGGGCCGCUGAGGUCUGGCGGAGCCUGGAAGGUACGUCCCGCAGGGGAAGGCGGAGAAGCAAGCGGAGGAGAGCAGCUGAAAGAACCAGCUUCGGCCGCGGGUACCGUCGCGGGGUCACUGAAGUCGCAAGAUGGAACUAUCCCGGCAGGGCUGAAGGUGGUGUGCCGGCGGCUGAGGAAGAGCCGGUCGGCAUCGGCAGCCGUCGCCUCGGUCCGGUCGCCUCCUCUGGCGACCGGCAGGCGAGACGACUCCCUACUGGAGCAGCAAGACGGAAUCCAAAGCGCCAUCGCCCACUGCAAGCGGUCCUUCAACAGAGGUUCCGAGUCGCCGCUGAUGCGGUCGAGGAGCGAUCCCGGCGAAGGGAGAUCAGUAGAAUUAGGCAGCGGCAACAACGUUUGAUCAUCGUUUGUGAGGACGGAGGCGGUAAUUGAAAUGCAUGAAGGAAACAUGGAAACUGAAUCGAGAGUCAUGCCGUCAAGUAGAUCUCAGUCAGAAUCGUCCCUGUUAGGAGUCGAGAAGUCGUCGCGUUCUCUUCCUUGCUCCAUUUCUAAUGUCGUGUGCCAUGUAAUGCUUGUAACUAGAUUCACUAAGCUAGUCAAUGAUCGACUUCCGUCUUUGUUAAAGACAAAGCGUUUCUCCUUCUCCAAAUGAAAAGCA